GCCGGUAAUCCGUUUGCGUGAGAAGCAUCGAGCAACUCCGUCUUUUCUUCCCAUGUGUCAGAGCACUGCUAUCUGAUGAAGAUCUGAGAGCGAAGUCUCCGCAUCGAUGAAGAGUGCCAUCGAAGUGUGCUGAGUGCAAUCGCAAGCGGCCAUCGAUCGGAUUAGCAAAGAACAUCGAGCACAGCAGCUGGAUUUUAAGCGACAAUGGAACGUAUGACAAUCAGGUUGUUCGCCUCCGUAAUUAUAUUUUUGGUCAUCGCUUCCCUCGGAGCUGACGGAGCCUUGGGUCGCAUGCAUCAUCGGAGUUCGACUCGAACCGCCAAAAAAACCUCACGCAAGAUCGUAGUCUAUACAUACGGUCUCACCGUGGCCGAGAUCUACAGGAGCCCGCACGAUCGUACUCUGCAGUACUGCAAGCUGACUGAGCUCAAGGAUGGAUCGGAAUGCGAAUCGACACUACAAGCGAUUAACAGACCUGUCAGGAACAUCUGCCACAAGAAGAUGAUGGCUCUCAUUAAUGAAUGCAUGGAGCUCAAGAACGAGGAAUCAAUUUCGGAAGAGGGGAAUUUGGGUGACGACACUGGUUUCUUCGAAGGCAUCUGGAAUGCGAUUUAUCCAGGAACCAAGUGGUGUGGAGCGGGACAUCUGGCGAGGAACUACUUCGAUUUGGGCUCAGAGGUCUUGGUGGACAAAUGUUGCAGAGCUCACGAUCACUGUCCGAUAAAGGUCCGUCCCUGGCAGUUUGGUUACGGAGAACGCAACUAUAGUCCGUAUACGAAAUCACAUUGCGACUGUGAUAUCGACUUCUUCAAGUGUCUGACGGCGGCCAACAGCUCAACAGCUGACACGAUUGGUGAUCUCUUCUUCAAUGCCAUGAGAGUCAGCUGUCUCAGAGAGAAGCCCGGGCUGAAUAUCUGUCCGAACGCGGGCUCGACUGAGAGUAAAUGUCACACCGCUUCCCUCAUAGACAAGCUCGAGCUCGGGUCGUACGCCGCGGAAAUCAAAUACCUGAAUCGAACUUGCACGCGCAGGUCCCGUUCUUGACGCUCUUUUCCGCCCUGCCUCAGCCCUUGAUGAGUCGCGCCCCGCGCUCAGGGUCUGCUCGAUUGCCGUGGCGCGGUGGCAGCCUUGCCACAUAAUUGUACAUACGUGAGCAUGCCACCUAGGAGACGCCGUAUCGAGUUCGGUGAGAGCUGAGACGGCCCGAAUCAUUUCGAGGAUUCCUCAAGCGAGCUAGGAAUUCAGAGAGACCUACCGUAGAUCAUGCUUCAGCUGCGCUAUUACGUGACUGCUCAUGAUUCUCCUCAUAGCUCAAAAAGAGUUCCCAUCGUACCACAACAUGACGGAAGUCGAGGAUUUGUCCUAUGCAGGAGAAGAGCCUAUGAUCGAUGAAGAUCGAGGUAGAACCUCGGCAGCUGACACGUGUAUCCUUAUCAAUUCGUAUGAAGAUACAACGGAAUCCGCCUCAGUCAGAGAUGAAAUAUCCCUCUCGAGGAGUUCAAGCUAGGAUAAGCUCGCCUCAGGCAUCUGGAUCGAGAUCGGAUAUUCAGACGAUGGCGUUCGACCUCGAUCCAGUCGAUACGAUACCUAGUAAAAUCCUCAAAACAUCAUCCACCUUUAUUGAAUCGUUAGCCUGCGGGAGAUUCGAGACCAGACAGUCUGGUCAUCAGUUAUCAUGGUAUGCUUCGGGAAGAGAUCGGAUAAUCGCGGUCGGGAUAGGUACUUGGA